AUGAGGGUCAUUCGCAGCAGGGCUGGGAAUUCCCAGUCCUCAUUGAUUUUGCUGCUUCUGGUUGUCCUGGUCACUGUUGUCUCAGUCUCCGCACAGGGGAAAGAUACAACUACGGAUGCCGCCCAGACCACCACUGCAGAUCCCUCCUCUUCGUCCUCCUCCACCACCAACACCGAUAGCCUUUCAAGCGGGACCACCGCUUCGGCGUCCUCCUCCACCAAAACCACCUCUUCCUCGUCGAAUUCACAGUCCACGAUGGAUUCCACGACGACGACGACGACGAUCUCCUCGUCGUCUUCGUCCACAACCACCGAUACCACAUCAACGUCCUCCGUUUCCACAACGACGGACUCAACGUCCUCCUCUUCUUCAACCUCAACCUCCAGUCCCCUCGUCACCGUACCCCCUACCGACAAUGCGCCGUACAUGCAAAUGUCAAAUAUCCCCGAGGGGACUGUCUUCAUCGCAGUCGGGGCAAUCCUCGGACUGAUCGGGCUCGCCGUUCUCGCCUGGCGAGCCCUAGUCGCAUGGUCGGUCAAUCGCUCUGUGCGCCGCGCCGCCCUCGCACAAAGUUCGGAAAAGAGACGCCUUUCACGCCGAAGUGCCGGAGGCAGGAAGCGAUCGCAGGGACACGGCGUGUAUACGACGGCGGCACCAGGCAACGACGUCUCCCUCGACAAACUCGGCACAACGACCCACACAACAUAUAAGUCUUCCAAGCGAGUCCCCAGCUCAAGCAGUGGUCUGUUCUUCUCGCCCACAGCCGGUGGCACGGGCUCACAUGCUAGUCUUCCCAAUGCUGGGAACCGGGGCUCUACAUAUCUGCCUGCUGGUUACUACGCUGCUGCGGGUGUAUCGACGCCGUCGAGGGACCCGAAUGGAUCUCAACCUCAUAUUUAUUCUCCGACAGGCACGGGCGGUCCCGUGUCUCCUGGCGGGGGAUAUUUCGCGGGGUCGUCUCCGUCACUGCCCGCCGUUGGCGGUUACUCAGACGUGCCCCCAAAUCGGCACUCGUAUAUGGCUGCGUCAUCGAGCUCGCUGAAUCUGAAUCAGCCGCCGCAGGGCCGUGCGCCAAGUGCAUACUUGGAAGAUCUGUUCGAGAGUCACACAUCUCCGCGUGCUUCUCCGUCUGGUCUUGAUCGUCAUUGA